UUGGCUCGAAGAACCCAUGCCCCGAGAGCGGAUCUGCCGAUCGUAUAAAUAGCUUGCAGCGCCCUCCAGUCCGACAGAAGCGACCUAAAGCUUGUGUAGUAGACAUCAUGAAAUUCCUGGCUGUUUUCUUUGCCGUCGUGGCCUGCGCCUAUGGCGAUGUGUCCCAUCUGGGCUACGACUACGCUCCCCCGGCGCCAGUGGCUCCCGUGCAGGUUUACCAGCCAGCACCUGCCCCGGUUUACCAGCCAGCUCCAGCUCCCGCUCCAGUCUACCAGCCAGCUCCAGCUCCUGCUCCAGUUUACCAGCCAGCUCCAGCUCCGGUCUACCAGCCAGCCCCAGCACCCAUCCGGAUCCCAGCUCCCGCCCCAGUGCAGAGCUACAUUCCCCCUGCACCAAUCUCGAUCCCAGCUCCAGUUCAGAUCCAGGCUCCCGUUGAGAUCCAGGCUCCCGUUGAGAUCCAGGCUCCAGUUGAGAUCCAGGCUCCCGUUGAGAUCCAGGCUCCCGCUCCAGUGAACAGCUACAUUCCUCCUGCAGCACCAGCACCCGCUCCGGUCUACCAGCCAGCCCCAGCUCCAGCACCCAUCCGCAUCCCAGCCCCGGCUCCAGCCCCCAUCCGCAUCCCAGCUCCCGCUCCAGUUUACCAGCCAGCUCCCGCUCCGGUCUACCAGCCAGCCCCGGCUCCCGCACCCAUCCGCAUCCCAGCCCCCGCGCCAGUGCAGUCCUACAUUCCCCCCGCACCCAUCUCGAUCCCAGCUCCCGCUCCCGUCUACCAAUCCGCUCCAGCUCCCGCUCCCGUCUACCAGCCCACUAGCCAGCAGGUGCUCGAGGAGAUCGAGCCCGUGUCUGCCGAUGGCUACCGCUACAAGACCGUGCGCCGUCGCGUCUACCGUCACCGCUUCUAAGUGCUAGGUGGCAGCCCCAAGCCAAAGCCAAACCGAAUCGAAUCGAAUCGAAUCGGAGCGAACUGUUUCCUAACGAACCCCCCAGGGGGUUGCAAUAAAAAAUUCCUCCUUCAACUUGUUAAACAAAA